AUGCCUCGACACUCUAGCUCGGUUGAUGGUGCCGAACUGUUUUAUCGCCAUUAUGCUCCAGAAGGCAGAGCCCCAGUAAUCCAAUCCACGAAGAGCCUAACUCUGGUUCUUCUUCACCAAUGGCCUCUCUCAUCUCGCAUGUACGACUCGAUCCUACUGUCACUUUGUGAGACUCAUGGAUAUCGUGUCAUUGCCCCCGAUCGGCGGGGUUUUGGCAAGAGUGACUGGUCUGGACAAGACCCUACAGUUCCCAUUAGCUACAAGGAGCUUGGACAAGACUUGUCGGGCCUGUUGGAGAGAAUCCAGCCCGGGCCUUUUGUGUUUGUUGCCACCAGCAUGAGCACGGGUGAAGCGCUUAUGGCAUACCUCAAUAGCUCAUAUGUACAGGAAAACUGUCAGGGUAUGGUAUGGAUAAGCACGUGUCUACCAUAUCCUACAGCCUCGCCCCAAAAUCCGAAAGCUAUGCCACAGAGCGCAUGGGAUGCUACCGUCACGGCUCUGAGACAAGAUAGGCCCAACUUCAUUGCCAACGGCUUCAAGGGGCCCUUUGGAGACUCAAAUUCUGGUGCAGUCACAGAGAAACAGGUUGCGUUCUUCGAAAACAUCUUUUUCGAAGCUGAUCCCUUUGCCAUUGAACGCUGCCUACAGAUUUACUCUAGCGAAGACCUAUCUGAGCAUCUCAAAAGAUUUGGGCAAAUUUUCCAAAAGCCUUUCCUUCUUAUCCAUGGCGGCGGCGAUAAGGCAGUGCCUGCUGAAGUGAGCGCAGAACGUGUUCAGGAGUCUGUCCCUGGAGCCAAACUGACUUUAUAUGAAGGAGGAGGACAUGUUCUCGUCCUUGCGCAUUCUGAUCGCCUCUUGGAAGACAUAGUAGAAUUUACAGAAGGUCUUGCGUGA